AUGAUGACUUCAGCUUUAUUUUGUAUAAUGUUCGCGUUGUAUUGGACAUGGUGGUAUCGUAACACAAAAUCUAAACUGGAACCGCCAACUCAUCCAGGAGCAUUGCCACUUAUUGGACAUGCACAUAAGCUGUUGGGAGAUACUGUUUUUCUUUGGAAUACUGUGAAGGAAAUUUCAUACACUGCCUUAAGAGAGGGUGGUGUAGUAACAACGUUAAUUGGACCUCGGAAAAUAUACGUGGUAGCAGAUCCCGAAGACAGCUUGACUGUCGCUAACGCUUGCAUACAAAAAGACGUUAUAUACGAAUUUGCUAAACCGUGGCUAGGAGAGGGUUUGAUAACCGGAAAAGUAUCAAUAUGGAAGCGUCAUCGAAAGCUGUUAAACCCAGCAUUUAGUCAGCUGGUGUUGGAUGGAUUUCAGGGGGUUUUUAACAGCCAGGCCAGGCGCCUUGUUAAGGAUUUAGAAGUAGAGGUAGGAAAGAGCCCCUUCGACCAUUUAGUUUACAUGCGACGUAGUGCCCUGGAAACUAUUUGUUUGACAGCCAUGGGAGUUGAUUUCAGAAAAAACAGCGUUCUUCUUCAAUACGAACAAGCGAUAGAGCAGAUCUUUAAAAUUAUAACAGAAAGAUUUCAAAAGUUCUGGCUGCACAAUGACUUUAUCUACAGUUGGUCUGCUUUAAAGAGGAAGGAAGAACAGUGUGUAAAAAUAUUGCACAAUAUGUCUGAUAAGGUAUUGCAAGCACGUAAGGCAUCGUACUUUGAUAAUAAGAAGAACGGAUUAGCAGCGCCAAGUGGUACCAAAUUUAAGGCCUUCUUAGAUCUUCUUUUGGAAUUAUCUAUUGAAACGGGAGUUUUUAAUGACUUAGAAAUAAGAGAGGAAGUAGAUACAAUGAUUACCUCCGGACAUGAUACUACGGCAUCCGUACUUAUGUUUACGUUAGUAUUAAUAGGAUCCUAUCCAAAGGUACAAGAGCGGAUAUCUGAAGAGUUACAUAACGUCUUCGGAACGGAUGACAGGGAUGUUACUAAACAAGAUUUAUCGCGAUUAGUUUAUUUAGAAGCAGUUUUGAAGGAAUCCUUGCGCAUAUAUCCAAUAGUUCCAGUGAUAGCUAGAGUACUUGAAAAAAAUAUAAAGCUAAAGAAUUAUACACUUACAGCUGGUCGAACUUGUUUCCUGUCGAUUUAUGGUAUUCAUCGUCAUCCAAUAUGGGGAGAUGAUGUUGAAGAGUUCAAACCAGAACGGUGGCUAGAUACCGCGACUUUACCUUCGUGCCCUACUGCUUUUGCUGCUUUUAAUAUAGGAAGGAGGAUUUGUAUCGGAAAAUCAUUCGCUUUUAUGUCGAUGAAGACCACACUAUCCCACGUACUACGACAUUAUCGUGUAAAAGGAAAUCAUACCAAGAUGGUACUAAAGAUUGAUGUGGUGCUUAAGCCCAAAUAUGGUCACCACAUUUCUAUAGAUAGGAGAACGUGA